AUGCAGCGCACCGCCACGCACGGCGCGCUGCUCGCGCUGCUGCUGCCCGAGCCAGUGCAUGCUCCGACACUGCACAUCAGCACCAGCUUCGAGCCCGUCGCUCAGCAGGUGCUCCUCCCGACUCCCACCACGCUCUUCGCGUCCGCGCGCGUCGCGUCGCGCACCACCGCGGCGCGCCCCAUCCCCCUCUCUGCCUCGCCGCUCGCGGCUGGUGAGCGCCGGCCAUUGCGCGCGGCGACGGCGACGGCAGCAGUGCCGGGUCCUGCAGAACGUGCGGCGCAAGCGGAGCGCGCACGGCAGGAGGAGCGUGCUGCGCAGCACAAGCGCGCACGGAAGGCAGCAGCACGGGUGCAGCGUGCAAGUGCGGAGCUCGGCCUGCACCAGAAGCUGCAGAUGGACAGGGAGCUUCGGACGCUGGAAGCAUGGGAGGGCUGGAGGGCGGCCGAGCGCCGGCGGCGGCAUCGGCAGGAUCGCCACGGCUGCUUGUGGGAGGGGAAGAUCAAGGAGUCCGGCUGGCUGCAUAGCGCCCUCUGGAACUACCGCACGGAGAUGAAGGAGACGGAGAUGAACCCGGUGAUGAAGACGGUAAGAGAGGAGACGGACCUCGACCUGUUCUUCUUCGGCAUGGGCCUGAGCCCGCCGAAGACUCGCAAGCCGCGGCGAUCACGCCCGGUGCGCGCUUGA